AUGGCCGGCCACAAUGCAGACAAUUUGGCGCAGUCUGCCAUGCUAAUUACCGUCCUCCUUGUUGUGGCAGAAUCCAAUAUGAGUGGUUGUUUUAAUCGUACAGACAUUGCCGUAAAUACAGAGGUGAUAAACGAGACCAAUUCGGACCCUCAUCUGGAGUUGACAUUUGGUGACGUUGGCGCUGUUGGUCUACUGCACACCAACCCUGCAUCGUGUCGCCCUGCCCCCUCCACCCUGCCUUAUUUGCUCAUCUUCAAAAAUGCCCGUUCCAGCCGGAAAGAACGCCUGCUAUUUCUGCAAAGUCUUUAG